CAUGGCAGGAGACAGCGAGACAAAGCCAGGUGACCAAGCCGAAAAUGACUCAAAUAUUCGGCAGCCGUUCCUCAUCGGUGUGGCCGGAGGGACAGCCAGCGGGAAGUCGUCGGUGUGCAGUAAGAUCAUGGAGCUGCUGGGCCAGAACGAGAUCGACCACCACCAGCGGCAAGUGGCCAUCCUCAGCCAGGACUGCUUCUACAGGGCCCUGACCCCGGAGCAGAAGGCUAAGGCGCUCAAGGGCCAGUUCAACUUUGACCACCCAGAUGCAUUUGACAAUGACCUCAUAAUCGCAACCCUGUGGGACAUCAAGGAGGGAAAAACGGUCCACAUUCCUGUUUAUGACUUUGUUUCCCAUUCCAGGAAAGAAGAGACCAUGACAUUGUACCCUGCUGAUGUGGUGCUGUUUGAGGGCAUCUUGAUGUUCUACUCUCAGGAGAUUCGAGACUUUUUCCACAUGAAGCUGUUCGUGGAUACGGAUGCAGACACUCGUCUGUCACGGAGAGUGCUCCGUGACAUCAGUGAACGUGGUCGGGAUUUGGAAAGCGUUCUAGCCCAGUACAUCACCUUUGUCAAGCCUGCUUUUGAAGAGUUUUGUCUGCCGACAAAGAAAUAUGCUGAUGUGAUAAUACCGAGAGGAGUUGACAACAUUGUUGCAAUAAAUCUCAUCGUUCAGCACAUCCAGGACAUUCUGAACGGUGGUUUGACCAAACGGCUGAACGGGUGGUUCAGCGGUUAUGGGACGGAGAAGAAGCAGCCGAACAUAGAGUCGAGCAGUCGGCCCCACUGAAGCUCAUCGCUCCUUCAGGGAAGAGGAGAAUGGUUUGCCUGAGCGUGCUGCUCUUCGUCAUGGCUACUGCAACAAGGCAGCAUAACUUCCAGGAAUUCAAAAAGCCUCCUUUUGGUGCGAUUCUGCUUAGACUUAUUCAAAUGAAAGGAGGCUUUGUGGAGCUGGUUCGCAGCAGAGGUAUUCAGUUAAAAGUUUCUCUUUAACUUGUGUACUGGAUGACACUGAACGAGGGAGGAGUGAAAAAAGGCACUCACUUUUAAUUUCAUUUCAAACUGCUGCUUGCCUUUAAUCCAGCACUGAGCUGGAGAAACUGUCUGCAAAAAGAUUCACACACUCGACAGCCUUUAACAAUCCAAUAAAUGAAGUGAAGUGACAUGCUGCUGAUUCCCUGUAUCAGUGCAAACUAACAUUUUUCUUUUUCAAGAUCUGUUUAAAAAUAAUUAAACAAAAAGCUCAGCUGAAACAACCAAUUUACGCCUCAAACACCCGAUGUACUACAUCACCGCCAAAGAUGGUCUUUGUGGACUAAAUAUGGAGUUGACUUUAAUUUUGCUCUUACCCAUUUAAUAUUAAGAAAUCAGGAAAAUUUAUCAUUUUAAGAAAUUACCACGAAGUAUAAUUUUUCCUUGUAACUGUCAGAUGCAUGUUAAGAUAUGUUUUCAUUAAAAGAAGAUGGACUGAACUCUAAAAGGAGAUUGAUUUAAUAUGAUCUGCGUGUUCUGUUAAGGUUGUUUAAUGCAGUUUCUUUUCUGUAUGUUUGACUGCUCAGGUACUGUUAUUUUCAUCUUAAAA